AUGAAGUCCUUUUUCAGUUUCGUUACUGUUCUCAGUGUGUUGGCCUUGCUGGUCUCCUUUUCGCAGGCAUUGAAAUUCGAACUCCCCGCGCAUUCGGGCCACAGCGCAAAGAACGAACGAUGCAUACGCAACUUUGUGACCAAGGACACUUUGGUUGUGGUUACGGCCAUUGUGAGCGGAAGCAGGGGGGAUGGACAGAUGGUUAAUAUGCAUAUCAAAGACGCCGUCGGCAACGACUACGGCCGCCCCAAGGAUGUGGCCGGCGAAAAGAGAAUGGCAUUCACCAGUCUCGCAGACACGGCAUUCGACGUAUGUUUCGAGAACACAUUGACCGGACGAGCAAACACGCCCAACCCUUCGCGUCACGUCGAACUCGACAUCGACAUUGGCGCCGAUGCGCGCGACUGGUCGGCCAUCCAGGCUUCGGAAAAGCUGAAGCCCGUGGAAACCGAAUUGCGUCGCAUCGAGGAGACGGUCAAUGAAAUCGUGCAGGAGAUGGAAUACCUCCGACUCCGGGAGCAGAAGCUGCGUGAUACGAAUGAGAGUACGAAUGAGAGGGUUAAGUGGUUUGCUUUGGGCACCAUGGGCAUGUUGGUCGGUUUGGGGGCCUGGCAGGUUGUUUAUUUGAGGGCUUAUUUCCGGUCCAAGCAUCUCAUCUAG